AUGUUUGCCCAUAGGCGCAAUACACAGAAACCCGAUGAGGAGUUGUACACGGCCUUCAAGGAGUCCUUUCCCGAGGUCGGCCCUAGUUCUUCUCCCUCAGCUGUCCAAGAGCAAGGAGGGUCUGUGCGUCGAUUGUCCACUCUUAGCGAGACCAUCAUGGAUGAACCAUCUACCACUCAACGGUAUGCAAGCCAUCGUUUUACUUCAGUCCAUCUCUCCGCUCUCUCAGGUGGCCUCGAAUGUCGUCGACCGGCAACAAUGUCUCCUACACUCCUCUCUUCCGAAGGCCAUCCUCACAACGCUGACUAUUUCACCAGAGCCUUUGAGGGUCAACCAGAUGUCAAAGAUCCGGAGGCCACCCCGAAACCUUUUUCUGACGCCUGGCGAUUUACACCUUCACUGAUGGAUCCCAACUCAUUCGCCUUCUCCGCUUUCGCAAAUCAACCUCCGGGCUAUUAUACACCCACGCCUGGAAGCAUUGGGACACUCUAUCAUCCUCAAGCUGGCGACCUUCACACUCCCGGAAUGGGAAUGAAUACGCCGUUGUCACUACCGCAUUCGGUCCACGACUUGCAUGCCCAGGACCCGUUAAUAAACCUGCAACAUUUUAAUCCGCAUCUUCUUCACCAGCCCCAUCUCUUUCAGGAUCCUUUUCACGAUCAGCAACCUCAAGUCCAUGUGCCGACGCAGCCCCCGCCGACAUUUGCGCCUCAACAGUUCCUGCAGCAUCAGGACUCCGGGUAUGUGGCGAUGGACGAGACUCCCCACAAAACGACCCCGACACAGGCGGAACCAGGCGUGGAGCAAUCCACCAUGACUCGGCCUAUUCAACAGUCUCUGUCGGGGAGCAUGGGCGUCAACGGUCUACCAAUGGAGGAGAAAUUUCGAUUCCACACGACUCUGAAUGCUCCCACCGCGAUGGUUCGGCACGCGGAUGAAAUACCAAUCACGUAUCUCAACAAGGGUCAGGCUUACACGAUGUCCAUAUGGGAUACGACGCUUUCCAUCCCGCAGAACACCCCUCUGAAAUACCGCACUUACGUUCGCGUUUCCUUCGAAGACGAGCAACAGCGAGCUAAACCUGGAGCGUGCUGGCAGCUGUGGAAAGAAGGGCGUGGUUCAAACGAGGCCCAUCAACGAGGAGGCAGACUCCUGGCUGUGGAAUAUGUCGACCCCAAUCAAGGAGGCGAUGAUGACUUACGGAAGUCCCAAACCCAGCUGGAGAAGGCCUCCUUUGACGGAUUCGCCGUCACCUGGUUUCCCAACCCAGUGAACGGAGGGCCGGAUUGUUCGAUUUCGGUGCGGUUCAACUUUCUCUCCACCGACUUCAGUCACUCCAAGGGCGUCAAAGGGAUCCCGGUUCGAUUAUGCGCGAAAACGGAAUUAGUGACCACGCAGACGUCCGCCAGCAACGAACCCGAGGUCUGUUUCUCCAAAGUCAAACUCUUUCGGGAUCAUGGUGCGGAGCGAAAGCUAUCCAACGAUGUUGCACAUGUCAAGAAAACGAUCGACAAGCUCAAACAACAAAUUGCUCAAGCCGAGACCGGUUUAGGAAGUUCGGGAAAGAGGAGGAGAAGUGGAUCAAUCGCCAAAGCGUCAGCCGCCCGACCUGGAAAAGGAAUGAAGCACAAACGGACUUGGUCCGUCGACUCCGAAACAGAGGGGACCAGGUUUUCGGCAGAGGAGGACCUUCAAAUGAAGCUGGUGAGCAUGCAAGAUAUGUUUUCCUCGACGCGACCUGUCAGUAUCCUUUUCUUGCGUGGCGACCCGGAGGACGAUCCGGACCUGCACCCGGUUAAACUACCUGGUAGCAGCGCCGAUAUGAAGGAGGUAGGACGAGCAACUACGUGGGAGUCAAGACAGAGUGCUUCCGACUCCCCGACCUCCAACGCGCUCUCUCCAAGCUCCAGUUCGGCAUCACAAACGACACCAAAGAGAAAAUAUUCGGAAAUACAACACUCAGCCAUACAGGAAGAAGGUGAAAGCGAAUACAACAAUGAGCCAGUGGGAGACGUGUCUGGAUCAUUGUCUCGACCAGUUAAGAUCCCCAAGACGGAGGCUGCAUCGGUCAUCAAAUCUGACCUCUUGGCGGUUGAUGUGGAUGGCAGCUAUCAGCCUCCAGCCGAAAGACCAAUUCGACCGGUGGCAUGCUUUUAUGUUCGUCAAAAGGACGCGAUUAAGGAGUACUACCGCGCCAUAUACUUGAUGCAGCGAACCGUUAAAGAUCUGAUCAACGGCAUAUCACAUAAAUUCCAGAUUGACCCGCACCGAGUAACCCAAGUGACGCACAUCAACUCCCAAGGACUCCAUAUCAUUGUGGAUGAAGAUGUGGUUCGAGAACUGCCAGAAGGGCAAGACAUGAUUGUCGAGUUUGCACCACUUCAGUCCGAUCAACCGGUCAAACACGAAUUUGUCGCGCCCGCUGUCACGGAAGUGAUGGUCGACGGGGAAAUCGCCCCUACCGACACCUUGAUAUCGGAUCCUUUGGAGAUGUGGCUGGAUUACUGA